AUGUCUCAAUGUCUAGCUUUCCCGGGCGAAUCUGUCUAUAAUGGGUUUAGAAAGGCAGAGAUUGCCAGGCGGCUAGGACUUGACGCACAUGAAAUCAAUGCCAUUUAUAUCCAUUUCGUCAGUCUGAGAGAACCCCUGAGAGAACCCUUGAGAGCCAACGAACCAGUCGACCUUGAUGUCGAGGCGCUGAAAAAGCUGCUACCGAAAGCGAACCCCUGUUCUGAUAACGUGUCUAAUCUCAACCCUUCGUCUAAGGAGUUCUUUGUUGUCCCUCGGACAUUAUCACCUUGGAGCAGUAAAGCAACAAACAUCGCUCAUGUGUCCCACUUCGAAAGCUCCAUCAAGCGGAUUGAGCGAGCUGUGAAUGUGGUGAUCACAUCGAAUAGAGAAGUGAAUCUUGACCUUGCACACGACCUUCUCUACGAUCGAAUGACCCAAGUCCUCUUGAGCAGCUGGCCAGAUCCUAAUGUGCUUUUCGCGGAACCUCAGCCUGCUCCUGCCGCCAUUAUUGAUCUGCAUGGGGGGAGCAAUCUGCCCCACGAUGCUUUACAGGCAACCAACAAGGCGAUGGGAUUAGCCCUAGACGAUUCCGAGAUCGAAUAUUUGAUCGACGCAUACUCAGACAAAGGCCCAGUCGCCAGAAAUCCGCGAGAUGUGGAGCUCUGUAUGUUCUCUCAAGUAACGCACAAGAACUUCAAUGCUUCGUGGACAAUUGACGGCAUAGAAAGGCCUCAGUCGCUGUUUAGCAUGAUCCGAAGCACACAUACGGAGAACCCGAAGUAUACAAUUUCUGCGUAUAGUGACAAUGCUGCUGUGAUCUGUGGUCCUGAAGAUGCCCUCCAUUUGGCGCCCAAUCCUGCUUCCGGCGAGUGGAACGGAAAUUCCGAGCAAGUUCAUCAUGUGAUCAAAGUGGAAACACACAAUCACCCAACUGCGAUAAGCCCCUUUCCAGGUGCGGCCACUGGGUCUGGUGGCGAGAUCAGAGACGAAGGUUCUGUCGGGCGAGGAUCUUCUCCUCGAGCUGGACUUUGCGGCUUCAGUGUAUCGGAUCUGAAUAUACCGAACCAUAAACAGCCAUGGGAAAGAAAUGAAGGCCACCCUCAUCAUGUGGCCUCUAGCCUGAAGAUAAUGCUAGAUGCGCCAAUUGGUAGUAGUAAUUACAAUAAUGAAUUCGGCAGACCCGCACUCACGGGUUAUUUCCGAACACUCUUGACAAAAUUGUCGCUUGAAGAUGGUAAGGAGGAACUUCGGGGCUAUCACAAGCCUAUCAUGCUCGCAGGGGGUGUCGGUACGGUUCGUCCACAGCACAGUAUAAAGAAUCCGAACAUUGUACAUUCGAAAUGCUUUGCUGUUGUCCUUGGAGGACCAGCAAUGCUUAUAGGUGUCGGGGGUGGGAGUGCGUCUUCAGUUACCUCUACUGAAGGGUCUGCUGAACUAGAUUUUGCAUCAGUUCAGCGCGGUAACGCUGAAGUCCAAAGAAGAGCUCAAGAGGUCAUCAAUGCUUGUAAUGCAAUGGGGAAUGGCAGUCCAAUCCUUUUCGUUCAUGACGUUGGAGCUGGUGGCCUUAGCAAUGCUUUGCCAGAGCUGUGUCAUGAUGCAGGAUUGGGUGGAAGCUUUGAGCUACGAGAUGUCGACAACGCGGGAUGCAGUAGCCCCAUGGAAAUUUGGUGUAACGAAGCCCAGGAGAGAUAUGUUCUAGCUAUUGCGUCAGACAAAAUAGACAAAUUCACAGCUCUCGCAGAUAGAGAACGAGCGAGAUACUCGAUCGUAGGGACUUUAGAAGGUAAUGAAUCAAAAUAUCAUCGCCUGAUAUUAAGCGACUCAGAUUCCAAGGAAGUUCCGACUCCUAUCGACCUCCCCAUGGACACGCUUUUUGGCAAAACCCCCAAGCUCCAUCAAAAAGUCCAGUCAAGGAAAAUCGGAUUGCAACCCUUCGAUGCUGGCCUGAGAAAGUAUUUACCAACGUUGCAGACCGGCUUCCUAGAGGAAGCGGUGCGAAGAGUGCUUCAGCUCCCCUCUGUUGCCAGCAAGCAAUUCCUCAUUACCAUAGGCGAUCGUACCGUUGGUGGUUUGACUGCACGAGAUCAGCUUGUCGGGCCAUGGCAAGUGCCUGUCGCCGACGUCGCCGUGACGGGGACUUGCCUGAAAGCAGGCAUCAAGACUGGGGCAGCGAUGGCGAUGGGUGAGAAACCCACUAUUGCGCUCAUAAAUCCUGCAGCUUCAGCGAGGAUGGCGAUUGCAGAGUCACUAUGUAAUAUAGCAGCUGCAGACCUACAAGAUGGGCUUGAGAGGAUUCGACUGUCAGCCAAUUGGAUGUCAGCGAUCAAGCAUCCGGGAGAAGGAGCUGCAAUCUAUGAAGCAGUGGAAGCUGCCACGGACCUCUGCAAAGACCUGAAGAUCAGUAUCCCUGUUGGCAAGGACUCUACCUCGAUGAAGAUGAGCUGGAGAGAUCGAAGUACGCUUGAAGCGAAGGAAGUCAUUGCACCUCUGUCACUAGUUGUAUCAGCUUUCAGCAUUUCGAGAAACAUAAUUAAUACAUGGACGCCGCAGCUUCGCCGCCCUGAAGAAUUGGAUAUUGGUGAAACAGUACUCUUGAUGGUCGAUUUAGCAGCAGGGCAUAAAGCACUUGGUGGUAGCGCUCUUGCUCAAGUCUUCGGUCAAAUUGGCGAUGAGGCGCCAGAUCUGCGCGAUGUGCAGUUGCUGAAAGACUAUUUUGACGCUAUCGAACAGCUCCACGAAUCAGGCGUUGUCCUGGCCUAUCACGACUCCUCAGACGGCGGAAUUUUCACAGCAAUCGCUGAAAUGAUGUUCGCUGGUAGGUGUGGCGUUCAACUCUUGAUUGACGAGUUCUGCAGGAAUGAACCUUCGGAUGUCAUCUCAACACUAUUCACAGAAGAGCUCGCAGCAGUCUUUCAGGUACGUAAGAGGGAUAUCACGAACUUCAUGCGCUGCUUUGCGACGUGCGGCCCCCCAUCAGGACUGAUAAAGAAUAUCGGGCGUGUCACUGGGGCUUCGAGUCAAAACUUGACCGUUUACCACGGAGCGACAUUGGUCUACCGCAAAACGCGGAGCGAGCUACAACAGCUGUGGUCCAGCACAUCUCAUCAAAUGCAGCGCAUACGCGACAAUCCGAGCUGUGCUGACGCUGAAUUUGCCUCUAUCCUCAACGACUUAGACCCUGGUCUGUCGUACAAUCUGACGUUCGACGCUACUGAUGACCUCCUUCCUUUCAAGACUAAGUUGACAGAUCGACUUUUUACGCAGAGACCUCGGGUUGCUAUACUGAGGGAGCAGGGCUGCAACGGGGCGCCAGAGAUGGCUUUUGCCUUCAUGACAGCCUCCUUCACCGCGGUUGAUGUUCAUAUGAGUGAUCUCUUGACUGGUCGGGUCUCUCUAUCAUCUUUUCAAGGACUAGCAGCCGUAGGCGGUUUCUCAUAUGGUGAUGUCCUGGGAGCUGGUCGAGGUUGGGCAGCGAGUGUUUUCAUGAACAGGCCAUUGCGCGAAGAAUUCAAGGCUUUCUUUGGGCGACCUGACACAUUCACUGUCGGCGUUUGCAAUGGAUGCCAAUUCUUGACACAGCUAGCCGCCGAGAGCGAUGUCAUUCCUGGGACGGCCGCUUGGCCCUUGUUCCUGAGGAACACUUCGGAACAAUUUGAGGCGCGCUACUCAAUGGUAGAAAUCAAAGAAAACCCAAGAGCACCGUCCGUAUUCCUUUUCGGCAUGGCUGGAUCUCAACUGCCGAUUUCAGUGUCCCACGGAGAGGGGAGGGCACACUUUGCAGGGGCUCAAGACCAGCAUCAAGCAGCGAAGGCGUUGUUCGAUAGCGGCAUGGUGCCAUUGAGAUACUUGGAUAACGAUUUGAAGCCUACAGAAACUUACCCAUUCAAUCCAAACGGCUCACCUAAUGGAUUAGCUGGAGUUAUGAGCAGCGACGGAAGGGUCCUUGCAAUGAUGCCACAUCCGGAGAGAACCGUUGCUAGCGGUAUUGGAAGUUGGAUCCCUGAUGGCCGGGCCAAGGCGUGGGGAGAGGUAGGCCCCUGGGCGAGGCUAUUUAAGAGCGCUAGGCGAUGGGUUGGAUAG